CGUGUCAGUCAGCUGAAGGGAAAGCAGCGGCGGCAGCAGCAGCAGCAGCAGCUUCAAUUUUCACUUCCUGCAUCAGCCAGAGCGAGGAGCCUCCAUGCCAGCCAUGGAUCUGGGUGCCCUCCUGGACAAGCUGGAGAGUGGGGACCAGGAGCGGGUGCAGAAGUCGCUGGCAGAGUAUAACCAAGAGAAUUCCCAGUGCUUUUUCUUCAGUGCCGAGCAGAGGGAAGAACGAAAGAAACUUGGAGAGCUGGUGAUUAAUUUCCUAAACCGGGACUUGCAGCCCUCCUGUCAGAUGGCGUGCCUGGAAACCAUCCGCAUCCUAUCCCGGGACAAGCACGCCCUGUCCCCAUUCAUCGGCCGCUCAGCCGUACAAACCCUGGCCCAGUAUGCGGGUUUGGACUACUCUGAGGAAAUGGAGAUGCCGUGCAUCCCAGACGGGGAAAGUGCUGUAGAAGCUUUGAAGGGUCUGUGCAAUAUAAUAUACAACAGCGUGGAGGCCCAGGAGGUGGCUAAGGACUUGCGGCUGGUGUGCGGCCUCGCUCGCAGGCUCAAGCUGUACAAUGAGACCCGAUCAUCCCACGAGAGCAAGUUCUUUGAUCUCCGACUGCUGUUCCUGCUUACGGCUCUCAGCGUGGAUAUGCGGAGGCAACUCGCCCAAGAGCUGAGGGGUGUCAGUCUCCUAACGGAUGCGCUUGAGAGCACGCUAGCUCUGAAGUGGUCUGAUAUAUAUGAGGUUGUAACAGAUCGUCUUGCUCCACCUCUGGGCAAAGAAGAAACGGAGAGGGUGAUGGAAAUAUUGAAGGCCCUUUUCAAUAUCACGUUUGAUAUCAGCCGCAGGGAAGUAGAUGAGGAAGAAGCAGCUCUUUAUCGCCACCUAGCAGCUAUUCUUAGGCACUGCUUACUCCGACAGAGCGAUGGGGAAGACAGAACAGAAGAAUUUCAUGGGCACACUGUGAAUCUGCUGGUGAACCUGCCACUCAUGUGUCUGGAUGUGCUACUGACACCCAAAGUAGAGCAAGGCUCGGUGGAGUACAUGGGCAUGAACAUGGAUACGGUGGAGGUCCUUCUUCUUUUCCUAGACAGGAGGUUGGACAGGGGUCACAAGCUGCGGGAAACACUGACGCCAGUCCUUAACCUCCUUACUGAAAGUUCUCGUGUCCAUCGUGAGACAAGAAAAUUUCUCCGUGCUAAGGUUCUGCCCCCUCUUCGGGAUGUAAAGAACCGGCCAGAAGUGGGGAAUACUCUGCGCAACAAGCUGGUACGUCUGAUGACUCACGUGGACACUGAUGUGAAACACUGUGCUGCAGAAUUCCUCUUCGUCCUGUGCAAGGAGAAUGUGUCCCGGUUUGUGAAGUACACGGGCUACGGCAAUGCAGCAGGGCUACUGGCUGCCCGAGGACUUCUAGCAGGUGGGCGAGGAGAGGGGCGAUAUUCAGAAGAUGAGGACACAGAUACAGAAGAAUACAGAGAAGCCAAAGCCAACAUCAACCCUGUUACAGGACGUGUAGAAGAGAAGCAGCCCAACCCUAUGGAUGGAAUGACAGAGGAGCAGAAGGAGUAUGAGGCCAUGAAGCUUGUUAAUAUGUUUGACAAGCUCUCCAGGUAUAAUAGAACAAAUCAUCCAGCCCAUGGGGGUGACCUCUGAUGGCAAACUGGGGCCUCUAGAUGAGACGGCACAGAAGAUGCUCCAAAGACAGGAAUCCUCAGACCUGGAAUCUGACUCAGACUAAAGACCUCCCAAUAGGAAAAGCACGGAAUCAAAAUCCGAGCCAAGCACAAGCCGAGUUGGAACGAGAGAACCACAAACCUUUAUACUGAAACCCUAAACAAAACACAAGAUAAAUCUAGACUAUUGUAGGCUGUAGAAACAUUACAGGGACAGGGCAGCGUCCGGGCAGUACAAAAUGGGAAAAACGAAUGAGUAAAUACCAGUUUAGGCACUAGGUGCUGUGUGUAGAUAGACCUGUCUCUGUCCCACGUAUACAUAGAGUGCUUACGGCCGAAGAGCUACAGAAUCAAGAGAGACUUUGCUGAGGUCAUUGCACAAAAUGUUCUCGGGAGGAUAGAGCUUCCUUAUUACACUGUUCCUACAUAGCAGUCCUGUCGGAUUUUGAUAUCACAAUGGGCACCAAUGCUUAGAACAAAUGAAGCAUCAUAGAACCUUGGAACCGAUACAGAGAGAAUGACCACAACCUUCUGAAUAAAGACCAAAUGUAGUAGACGAGUGAUACUACCAUAAUGAUGAUGUCACCGCCAUAAUGAUGAUGUCAGAGCCAAGUAACUUAUAAGCUAUUCAAAAUGGCUACUGUUUCAUUAUACCAAGUUUAGCUUAUGUUCUGAUACACGGCAGUGUCUGAAUAUUGGGUAUCCCCUUCUUUGUAACUGGGCUAAUAUAUGAGACCGGUCUUAUAAAUCAUAUUCAUAAUAAAGAUACGUUGUGAGUUUAUCUUCUAGGCCUGCCAGAUAUGACUUAUCUACUGCCUGGGAGGUAAAGGCUUUUUAGAAACUAUGGUCCUUCCAUUGAGUUUCUAUGACUGUACCACUCUAGCAUAUGGGGGGGGGGCAGGCUUUUGGAAAUAGUUGUGAGUUUUAAUGGCAGGGAACAUGAUGGGCAUGCCACAAACUCCCUCGCGCUCUAUCGUUGUGUUGUGCUAGCCAAAGACUGUGUCCUUAUACAACGUUUACAUGUCAGUGAUAAUUUACUGCAUUUUAUUGAUUUUAAUCAUUAAAAGAAACCGCUUGGAA